AUGAGUGCACAACGAUUCGAUACACAAUUUGAUCGUGCUGAUGUUAAUCAUGAUGGAGGAGUUGAUGAACAAGAAUUUCGACAAUUUCUUGGUCCCGUCAGAGAUGAAAGAAGAUUAUCUGGAAAUUUAUCAACUCAAGAUGUUCAACAUUUUACUGCUCAUUCAUCACAAGAUGGUGAAAUAAUAACAUAUCCAGUAGGUCUUGAUGUAGCUGUAGCUGGUUUUGCACCAGAAAAUCCAAUUUCAUAUGAAAAAUUUACAGCAGGUGCUGCUGCAAAUGAAGAACAUAAAUAUGGUCUUGGUCCUGAUGUUGGUAUUGGUGCACCAGAUGUUGCUAGAAAAAGUAAUCAUUAUGAUCCAGCUGGAGCUAUGUUUAAUUAUGCUGAUGUUAAUCAUGAUGGAAGAAUUGACAAACAAGAAUUUGGUUCAUUUAUGAAAUCUGUUUAA